AUGCGGCACAUCCACACAGAGACGUCCCCGCCCCCAGAGUUUUUUGGCCCAGACCCCAGCCUGUCCCAGCCCACUACAGAGGCACCCUUGGAACCUUCCUCACAGCGCUGCACCCACCGUGGCAUUCUCGUGGGCUAUAAUGAGACAGAGAUCAAGCGCCAGAAGGUUUACCAGGUCUCCAUCUUCUCUCAUCUCUCCAACUCCUCUGAGAGCAUGGAGGAGCGGGCAGGCAACCGGUCAGCCGUCAAGAGGGGUUACCCUGAGCAACGAGCUCUGGAGGGGGUACGAGAUCCGAAACGAACUCACUGGGGUGGCAGGCGGGGGGAUGGCAAGCACGAUGGGUGGCCCCAGCGCAUUGCUUGCAGUACUUUGCACACAAGAGACGAUUGCCCUGUCUCAUCAGGGGAUCAGCCUACAGACUACGGAGAGAAUGGGGAUCAGGCAAGUGGCCGCAACUUACUUCACUUUGAUUUGCACAAUAUUGCACAAACACCCCAGCUGGACUCUGGUGGGAAGAGAGAAAAGCCAGGGAGCAGCCCAGCUCACAGCAGCACGGCUAGUGGAGAAGAGGAAUGGCCAGCAGUGGCCAAAGGGUGCAAGGAACACCCAAGUCCACAGACAGCACUCAGCCCCGAGCCCAGCAACCUGAGCUCCCUGGAGAAGACACCCUGUGGGAGCAGAAAGCUCAGCAGCAGCAGCUGCCUAGCUAAAAGGAAGCUGCUGCAUGCUGGCAAGGUUGUGGCUGACUCCUGCUCUGAGGACGAGAGCCUGUCCCUGCCGGCAAAGAAGAAGAGGGUCCUGCUGUGCCAUCCUGUGCCCACGGCCUGCCGCAGCACUGAUGCCAAGGGGGCCCCAUUCUGGAACCAUCUGCUUCCCAUGGCCAAGAGCUCUGCAGAUUGCACUGCAAUUGGGAGGACACUGAAGAGCAGGCUGCGCCUCAAAUUGCAACAUCUCCGGAGCAGUGUCCAGAGGGGUACCAAGUCCUCUGCAGCACCCUGGGCCACCACCACUGUCAGCCAUGCCCUGCUGGGCAACUUUGAGGAGUCCAUCCUGAAAGGGCGCUUUGCACCAUCAGGGAGGAUCGAAGGGUUCACAGCAGAGAUUGGUGCCAGUGGCUCCUACUGCCCCCAGCACGCCACCCUGCCCGUUGACGUCACCUAUUUCGACAUCUCUGAACAUAGCGCGCCCUCACCUUUCCUGGGAGUGAUUGACUUGGAGGCCUUGGGAAAGAAGGGUUACAGUGUCCCCAAAGCUGGAACCAUCCAAGUGACCUUAUUUAACCCCAACAAGACUGUGGUGAAGAUGUUCUUGGUGACCUACGACUUCCAGGACAUGCCAGCCAACCACAUGACCUUCCUCCGCCAUCGCAUCUUCCUGAUGCCAGUGGGGAGGGAGGAUGGGGCCACCGUGGCUCCCAGCAACUGCCCGGGCACCGGCCCACCCCGCAGGGUCCUCUGCUAUCUGAUGCACCUAAGGUUUCACAGCUCCAAGUCGGGGAAGAUAUACCUUCACAAUGACAUCCGUCUGCUUUUUUCCCGCAAGUCAAUCGAGGUUGAUUCGGGGAUCCCCUAUGAACUGAAAUCCUUCACGGAGAUGCCGAAAAACCCCCGCUACUCGCCCCGGGCCUGA